AUGUCGAAAAACCUCAGAUCCGUCGUUGCGCAGGUUGCUCGCGGAAGGAAAUCGGUUUCAUCCCGCCGCAGUUUCUCUACGAACUCUAAUCCGACCACUGAGUCGAAGGAAGCAAGAGGUGAUGCUAAGGGGAUCAUAGCUCGUUGUCUUUUAUUCGGUGUAGGGUUUUGGUAUGCAGGUCCUCUAAUUCUUGGAGAUCCGGUAGCUGAAGUUGAGCAGAGGCGCCAAAAGAAUGCGAGGUUGAUUUAUGGGGAUUCUGCAGAAAUUGGCGAUAUGAGGGAGAAGAUGUGGUCUGAUCUUGGGAAAAGGAUGUGGGUUGUUGUUGCUGGUAAAUCCCAGUCAUCUUGA